AUGCCAUUCCAAGCCAACGACAAAGACAAAGCUGGCUCAGCAGCUGCCCCUACUUCUCAGCAAGAGACUUCGUCUGAUUCUGAGAGUGAGUCAAGUCAGGAUGAGGUCUCGCCAACACAUUCAGAUUCACAGUUCUCAGCUCAGGAUGCAAAAUUGGUCAGGCUGCUCCGACGCGCAGUCAAAUGUGUCAAUGAUACGACCGCUGCUGCUGCCCCUGUACCCUCUAAGAAGGCGAUGAAACCAGCCCGGGGUUCUCGACUGGAACUCAAGGAGGUGUACGAAGCCUGGGACCCUAAGACCUUUGCCUACAAACUCACCGAGCCUCCUAAUCCAUCGUCCAUCACCGAGCUGAAGACCUACGCCUUUGUCUGUCGUGUCCGCAUUUGUAAGUAUCUGGUCAACGUGUUCGUAAAGAACGUGUCUGACAACUUUGUAGUGAACAAAGAUGAGCAGCGAGUGUACUAUGUGGAUGUUCACGCUGCUGGACUGCGCGACAUGCUCCGCGAGGUCCUCGAGGACGUCCAUUGGCUCAGCCUGAAGGAUGAGAAGUUGGAGCUCGAGCAGAAUCUGCUGUAUCACUACCUGCCGACCUUGCAGACCUACCUCGACAAGUGCACCCAGGAUAAGACCUGGCCGCAGGUAGAUCGCGAAGCCCUUAGAUAUCUGCUGUCCACCAUGAAGACGCGGACAGCUGACACCACAGCACGACUCCAGUCCUUACUCGAGACGGGCAAGAUCACCUACGAGCUUCUGUGGGCACUGUUCCCACCCAAUACGCUCGUGCUCGCCAUGUGCCCGGGCAGUAAGCAAGUACGGUGUCUGCGCUUCCAAUUGGCCUACAAGGACAAGACUGCACAAGGCGUGGAACACUUGGUCUUGCAGUGCGAGUACGUCGACUACGAUGGGAAGAUUCUUGGUUGGGUCAUCGAGCACCUGCGUCUGGACCGGUUCCAUGGUGCCGCCCUGAUUACCUCCCUCCCGAUUUACCCUAUCGACCACUACCCGGAUCGACAGAUUAGCCAAGUACUGAUCCGCCGUGGCCGACGUUUCAUCGAGCUGAUGGGCAGUCAUCACGGCGUGUAUCGUGGCACCGCCUUCUUACAGGUCAAGGACGAGUACAAACGCCUAGCCAUUCAGUCCGAGAUCAUGGUCGACGCCAACGAGUUUAGCAAGGUCUACCCCGGCUAUGCUCGCCUCAUGAGCCGAUGGGUGGAAGCGGAAUACAUAUUUCCUCAUGUCACCCAGUCACAUCGGGUCAUGGAUCGCAGUCUCGAUUCCACAGCCUUAACGGACGAAGAGCUCAUGGUGUGUCCGCCGACGGUACUCGGAUGUAGUCUACGGUUGAAGUUUUGGGGCGAGUUUGUCGUCAACCACAUACAUCCUGUCCAGUGGCCUUCUGAUUCGUUUGAACAAGUUGCCAUUCCAGACGACAUCAAGACCACUCUGCUGAGCCUGACUCAGGAGUACUUCACUUCACCUCGAGGUGGGCCAGCUGCAGAGAUAGGCACAGUCCGUCGUGGUAACCGCAUUUUGCUGCACGGACCUCCAGGAGUGGGAAAGACCCUUACCGCUCAAGCUCUCGCCCUUCAUUAUCGACGACCCUUGUACUCGAUUUCAAGCGCAGAUAUAAGCUCGGAUGCUCGUGAGCUGGACAUGCAAUUGCCCCAAUUCUUCCAAGCGGCUGUCGCAUGGAAUGCGGUGCUGUUGAUGGAUGAAGCGGAUAUUUUCCUCCAGGCACGGAGUCCGGUCACGCUCGAACGGAACCGACUGGUUGGCAUUUUCCUGCAGCAGUUGGAAUACUUUCCAGGGAUUAUGAUUCUCACCACGAAUCGUAUAGAUGACAUGGACUCGGCCAUCUUGGAUCGCAUACUCUUGAAGAUCCUCUACCUCCCACUGACCCCAGAUGCGAAGCGUGGUGUGCUCCAGAACUUGCUCAAGACCAUUUCUGACAUCACGGCAGAGCAAAUGGAAAGCUUUGACGAAGUCUUCCUCCGGCGAUUUGCGAGAAUCAAGGUCAACGGCCGCCAAAUCUCCAACGUGUUCGAAGUGGCUAAAACGAUCGCAAAGGCCUCAGAUGAUGCCUUCGAUUGUCGCCACCUGAUGAAAGCACUGAAAGUCAACGGGCUAGUCCUUCCAGAGGAGAACUCUGAGGCAGACUUGUAUGACUACUGA